GUCGACGUCCCGCUGAAAAGCGUGGUGGGCUGGAAAAGUACGUGAUGCAACUCCCCCGAGUCUGCGUCCAAGUAUCCAGCCCGGAAACCGGAUGCAUCCACUUGAGAUCGGUUGGAUCUAGAAGCGGUGCAUGACGUCAGAAUUAACGCGGCUCUAGCUCCAGUUGUGACAAGAGAUAAGGAGGAGACAAGUAUGCAUAAUAAUAAUCGAGAAGCCCCUUCAGAAUAUAAGUGAGGCUGUGGAGGAGCGCGUUUCUGUCGGACAUUUGUCAUUAGAUUCACAGGAUGUUACAUCUGAGGAAACUUCUGCUUUGUGUGUUUUUUGUUAAAGGUGUGUUUGGAGAUGAAGUGAAGUCAGUGUCAGUGAUGGAGGGAUAUUCUGUUACUCUAGAAACUAAUCUUACUGAAAUACAGACAGAUCAGCAGAUACAGUGGUUUUUUGGGCCUCAGGGGAUUCCUAUAGCUCAAAUCUAUCCACAGAACAAUGCCUGUGAUCCAUGUGGGAGCUUCAAGGACAGACUGAAGCUGGACAAUCAGACUGGAUCUCUCACCAUCACAAACAUCACAAUCACAGACUCUGGACUUUAUCGACUAGAGAUCAUCAACAGCAAUGGAUCUCCAAAAAAGAGAUUUAAUGUUUCUGUCUAUGCUCGUCUGCCCAGUCCUGUCAUCACCUGUACCAAUAGCUCCUCAUCAUCAUCAAGCUCAAACUGUUCAUUAUUGUGUUUAGUGUUGAAUGUGACAGAUGUGAGUCUGUCCUGGUACAAAGGAAACAGUUUAUUGUCCAGCAUCAGUGUCACUGAUCUCAACAUCAGACUCUCUCUACCUCUGGAGGUUGAAUAUCAGGAUACAAACACAUACAGCUGUGUACUCAACAAUACCAUCACAAACCAAACUCAACAUCUCAACAUCAAUGAUGUCUGUCAGUGUUCAGGUUCAGGAUUUUUCUGGUUGUGCCAAGCAGUGGUGCCUGUGAUCUUAUUUCUAGUAGCAGUAACUGUAGUAGGAGCAGUAGCAGCAGCUGUCGAAUACUAUUACAGAAAUCAACAAACAGCACAAGACAAUCAAGAAGCAGAGCCAAUAAAAAAGAAACGCAUACUUCAUUUUAUGGAGGUCAGAGUUCCUGGACUACAGGAUGAAAAUUGAUUUAUACACCCCAUUUGUUGCCCUCCAUAUUAUUUUUCUUUUAAAAGAGCAUUAAGCUGUGUCGUCAGCAAGUCUUUUCAUUAAUGCAGUCAGUGGAGAGCAACUGCGGAAUCCAAUGAGACCACCUCGCCUUCGCAAGAGUUUUUUUUUUUUGGCACACGUCAACGUCGGGGGGCAUGCUAUUUUCCCAGGGUUUCCCAAAUGUUUUGAGUUUAGCCCCAAAUGUAUUUUGAAAAGUUGACAAAUAUGAAACCGGACAAUAGCCUAUGUAAACCUCUGAAAUCAAGUUUCCUUAUUUCAUUGUGCUUUGGCUUUACUGCAUACGGUCUGUUAAAAAUAGACAUGGGGGUUGGUCUUAAAAAAAUCUAGCCUAUAGAAUACGUUUCUUUGCUGUCGGUAGCCUAUGGGCUACUCCGUUUCUGCUUCGCGGUUGAAUAUGCAGCAGGUAGGGGAGGAGCUAACAAGAGCACUAUUUAACUACAGGAAUAGAACUACUGAUCUCUACAACGGUAACUUGAAAAAGUAUCAAAUUUAAUCAUAUAAUUUAACACGUUAUUACAUUAAACGUAAUAAAAUAAUACGUAAUACCAUGAAACACAAUAAUAGGUGCACUCCUGCCACCUACUGAAAAGGGGUGUGAAACGCAUAAUGGAAAGGAAGUUUAAAACUAGAACUACUUUUCAAUAAUAAUAAUAAUAAUAAUAUACAGGUUACUCUUACGAUUACUUAAUGCCAUUUUAAUGUGAAUUUGUAAAUAUUUUAAUGCCUAUAAAUACCGCUACAAGCAGUUUUCCUAAAUUUUGUAUCUUUUGAACUAUCAUUGUAUAUUUGUACUGCACAAUAAAAUUUUGAUCUAUG